AUGAGCCCCACAGAACAACGUUAUGCGCAAAUUGAAAAGGAAGCUUUGGGCAUAACUUGGGCAAGUGAACGCUUUGCGCAAUACCUGAUUGUACUCAAGUUCCACAUUGAAACAGAUCACAAGCCCUUGGUACCAUUACUCGGUUGCAAGAACCUCGAGGAUGUUCCCGCUCGAAUACAACGAUUUAAAAUGAGAAUGAUGUGCUUCGCGUAUACUAUCAGUCAUGUUCUGGUAAAUGGAGGUUAUGGGAAAUGGAGUGCCUUUGGUGAAUGCUUAGUGACUUCUGGGGGUGGGGUGCGGGAGAGGAAUCGUCUAUGUGAGAGUCCUGAACCACAGUUUGGUGGAAAAACAUGUGAAGAACAAGAUCUGGGGCCAAGUGUGGAAACAGAGGCCUGUAAUGAACAACCAUGUCCAGUGGAUGGCGGCUAUUCAGACUGGACAGAAUUUAGUGAAUGUACAGUAACAUGCGGAGGAGGUGUUCACCAAAGGACACGUGAUUGUAAUAACCCUGCGCCAGAUAACGGAGGUCAGAACUGUGAAAGACUGGGUCCGGCGAUGGAGUCUGAGCAGUGUAACGUUAAAUCAUGUCCCACAAAGGCCGCAGAAAAUCAAGGGAAAGCAAGUGACGAAGACGAUGAAAAAAACAAAGCCGAUAAGAAGGAAAAAAGAGAUGCAGAAGAGAGUAAAAAACAACAAGAAGAUGGGAUUAAAGAAAACCACGAAAAGAAUGGCGAUCAAGAGAAAGACGGAAACAAGGACAAACCGGAUAAGAAAAAUCGAAAAGAUUCAAAAGAAAAGUCACAGUAAUUUCAGCAGCCGGUGGAAAAAGUAAUAUCAAAUUGCAUUGAUUUGUUUUUUAUAAGCGCCGCAGCUAUAUUUGAAGUAAUCGUAUUAAGGUUCUCUUCCUUGAAUGAGGAGGGUGAAGGGAAGGGGGUGUCCUGCUCACGUUUCACGCAUAUUAGAAAGUAGAAAUAACGCAUCACGCAACACAUAAUCCCUCUUCACGCAAAAACUUUAACACCUGAAUGUUUCAUGUCUAGGUGGUUUCUGACAUUUUUGGAGUUUUCCCCUUUUUUAAAGGCUUUUUACGCGGGCCACGUAAGCUACUCUUUCUGUGAACAUACGGAAUUGUUCUUUAAGUUUUACCUUUCUAACAUCAAAUAUCGGAAAGACUUGUCUCAACUUAUGCAAUAGAUUUCUUUGUUGGCCAGUCUGGAGAAUUUGGCGUUGUAUCAAGACAAUGUUCCACAGUUUAUAGAGUUCUUAGCUCUCAUUAAUGUGUCGGUGCAUAAUGUAUUCUUAAGGGUUAAGAGAGCCUUCGUUUUACAAGCAAGGCAAAGCCCUAGUCAUACAAGGUAAUUAGUUAGACAGUAAUAAAGCAGUUUUUAAUGGAGUGCCGAAAGUAAUCCAGAAUUGUGUUUGUUUUGCUUCAGGACAGUCUUCGAUUGGUCUAGAAAACUCGCGCCACCCCUCUCGACCAAUAAGAUUUAAAACUUAAGCUAAUCGCGACUUUAACACGUGCGUUUUCCCGCGCUCUUGGUAGUUUGUAUGUCUUUACUGUGAAUGGUUGACGAUGAUGUCACCCUUUUUUAUGAUCAGCCGUUGUGAUUACUCGGGUUUUUGCAUUCGAAAUGGAGUUUGCUAUGUGUAAACAUGUUAGGUCAGCGGCAAUUACAUCCAGGUUGCAACUCCACAUAUUUGUUUUAAUCAUCACCGUCAUCACGAGCACUGUCAUAUCUGCUUGCACUGAUUUAUCCACAAACUUUCGGAGGUGGAUAAUAA